CUCUUCCCUCGCUCAUUCCAUGGAGACUGUCACCUCCGAUUUGUACGCGCUCUCCGGCAAUGGCUCCUGGUUCUUUUAAACGGAAGCCCCUGGGGCUGGACGUGCCCCGCACCGCCGCAGUCACCGAGUCGCCGCCUGGCAUUGCGGCCCUCUUCGUCAUUCGCUUCGAUAUCAAGGCCGGAUAUGUGAUAUCCUGGAAACGUGCUAUCCCCGGGGUUGAGGUGGAAGGCGCCGUCGAAUACAAGUCGCUGCCAUCCGGUCUGCAUAAUGUUCCAGAAGAUCUGGUAUACUUCGUUCACGAGCAAUAUGCUGGCAUCAGUGCAUUUGUCAAUUGGCCCGCAGAGGAGGCGGAGCGCAAUGCAAAGAUGUUUGCCAUCGGCGUCCUCGUCCCAUUGAGCUCGGGAAGACUGGGGAAGAGCUGGAGACACGCCCCGAAGCUCAAGGAACUGGCAGGGAAUUACGCCCAGGAUAUGUCCGAUACCCACGCGUUGUCGGACUACUGGGAGGCCUACGAGAUCCGCGAAAGCGACGCUUCGAAUCUCGCACCCGACUCCCCCCUCGAAUCCCCACUCAGUCUCCGGCUCCGGGCCCAUGGCGAUCUGAGAGAUACCGUGCACCGCAGCCGUGCUUUUAGCGAUGCAAUCGUGUUGGAAACGCCCAGGCCGGCCCUGACGCCUUUCCACCCGGCCUCCUCGCUGCCCGGCUUCCUGGAAUCCUUUGGCCCUCUCAUCUUCCCGCUGUACAGAGCAGCAUUGCUGCGCAAAAGGGUCCUUUUCAUGGCCGAAGCGCCAGUUCAUAUUCCCUGUAGCUAUGUGUACGAUUUGUCCUUAUUGGCCUCGCUACCUAAUUCUCUGCUUCCUUUGCUUCCUCUGAACGGAAUACCCCCUCCGCGCCCCCGCCCCUUGUUCAACGUGGGCAUCCAUGACAUCCCUUACCUGUCUUCUUUCAUCGGUGCCUCCCCCGAUACCGACCAUGAUUCGGCCUGGAUCGCCUGCAGCACGGACAGCGUCCUGACCAUGAAGCCCGAGCUCUUCGACGUCCUCGUCACCCUGCCACCCCCUCAUUCCAAGAGCGCCGCAGAGAAGGUGUUCCCGACCAUCUCCAUCUUCCACACCCAGCCCGCAAAGGGUAAAAAGCCCUCUCAGCCCAUCGAACUCAAAGCGACUCAGCGGGACGCACGCCGCUACUCCACCCUCCGGAAGGGUCUACGGAACGUGACCCAGGACGAGGAAGCCGAAACCGCCUCGACCGACCCCGACGACGAUUCCGACGCCGCAUCCACCUACUCCUCCAGCCCCAUUGUCGAACCCCUCUCCUGGACCCGCUUAGCCUACACCUCCUUCAUCUGGUGGGCCUCCGCCGGCGAAAAGCGCGACGGGCUCUCCGAGGAAGAGGAGGAAGAGCACCAGAUCGAGCAGGACACUCGACUCCUCACCAGCGUUGAGACCCUCCCCAGCCCUCCGUCCGGGUCCGUCGGCCGUCGCAGCCUCCAGCCACAGGAGUUCCCCUCCCAACAACCCCCCGAAAUCGCCUUAGUCGCAUACUUCCGUCGCCUGACCGCCCAAAUCUUCAUCACCCUCUCCGACGUCGUCGCCCGACAUGACAGCCAGAACUCCCCUGACGACGACGACGACGCCGACGAUGACGACAGCCUCCCACCGCAGGGCCCCUACGACGACAACGACAACGACAACGAGCCCGAAGACGACACCAUCGCCAUCGGCCGCCAAUCCACGACCCAAGAAGAGGAAGACUCGCCCUUACUGCAGGAAUCACCCACCGGAAUCUCCUACGAAGACACCGAUCCCGUCAAGAUCACCUCCGAGGAUCUCACCGAGAUGGGCCUGGAUAUCUGGAGCGCUGCCGACCGCGUCUUCGUUGAGGAGUUGGUGCGGCUCUGGUGGGGGAGGAAGGCGCGUGUCGAUAGCGCGCGUAUCAGGUGUUGUGGGAUUUCGAUCAUCUAGAUAUGAUACAGAUACAGUUCUUCGUGCAUGUAGUAGCGUAAUCUGGCAAAAUGCUUCUUUUCUUUUCAUUCCUUUAUUGGCUUUUUUUUCCCUUCUACCACCAGACCAGCAUUAUCAUCCACCGUCAUAUCAGUACUUUCACCGCCAUUGUUAUUGUUAUUAUCACAUCCCCAUCCUAUCCUCAUCACUAUCAUUAUCAACAGCAACACCACCACCACCACCACCACCAUCUAUCUACCUACCUAAAUCACAAUCUGU